AUGUCGGUGAAAGCUCAGCCUCCACCUAGAAAGGUGAAGCUGUCGAAUCAUCUGAAAACUUUGCAUUCGGAACAGUUGACUAAACUUCAUCUGAAGCAUCAACAGGACACCGAGUUGUUGGAUGACAUCCGGAAUUUCACCAAAAUAAGAGCGCAAAUCGAGAAGGAUUACGGAACCGCGAUGGUGAAGUUGGCAACCACGUACCUCGCCAAGAAGCCUCCGCCUGGAAUAGACUACAAAACUGAAGACAGGGCCGAUAUAAAAUCGGUUUUUGGCGUGUGGCGUAUGCUUCUUGACGAGAGCGAGAAGAUUGGAAAAGCAAGGCUGGCGUCUGCGGAUGUUUUCCAGAGCCGGAUCUCGGAAAAUGCCAAAAACACCCGACAAGCGAAGCUUCAGAUAGCCAAGCGAUGUUUCGACGCUCUCCGUAAAUACCAAGAGGAAGUGCAACAGACCGUCCUGGAAGUUGACAAGACGAGGAAACUGUACUUCGAAGAAGAGCACAUGGCCCAUGACGCGCGAGGCAAAGCGCACGACGUCGAAGAGAAACUCAAGAAGAAGAAAGGAGGAAUAUUCUCAUCGAUAUCGUCGCUGCAGAAGAAGAAUGAUAAGUUUUCAAGUCGGCGUGAAGCCUGUGACAUACAGUCGACAAAGGCCAGAAACGAUUACAUACUUGCAUUGGCCGCCGCCAAUGCCCAUCAGAAAAGAUACUACGAGACUGAUCUCAGAGAUGUACUGGAGAACCUGGACUGCGAUAUUUCGGAAAAAGUUCGGGAAUAUCUCGUGCUCAUGUCGCGCACCGAACUGUUGACCGUGGCUGCUUGCAAUUCGUCUUUCGGUCGAAUUCAGGAAGAAGCCUCCAAGAUAACAAAGCAAUAUUCCAUCGAUCAGUAUCUCGCCGAUAAUCCGACCCUGGGCCAGAAAAUUGAUUAUGACUUUGAUGCAUGCGACGGUGAUGAAAUUCGUAUCAUUUGCACGGACCAUCUAGCGGAGCACGCUCUGCAGAAAGACGCCAAACGCUGGGCGUCUGCCUACAUGAAGGAGUGUCGGGUCCUCCGCGACUCCAAUCGGGAGCUCAACAAGCUCAUCAAUAAACGAGACAAAGGAGAAAAGACCGUCGAGAAUGUCAGCGGCGAGAGCGAAGAUAUCGAUUCGAAAAUCGAAGAGUACAAAAACAUCAUUCGAAGAGCUGAGACUGGUCUCGUCAAAGCUGAGGCGCGACUCAACGCACUCCGCGCUGGACAAGUCAACGUCGACGAAUACCUCAGCUCUCUGGACAUUGACUCACUCCAGAUUGAAGAGCUCACCAGGAAAGGCAGCACGGCUUCGAGACGAAGUUUCGACGCAAGAGAAGCCGAGGAGCGACCCGAUUCUCAAUCCAGUGAGGCUGCCGAAGAAACUCGUCAAAGAGAUUCUUAUGACGAAGAUGCUCAGGCAGACAACCGGAACAGCUCGCAGAGCUACGAAGAUUACCAAGAGCAAGACUACCAGCAGGAGGACUGCCAGGACUACGGACGAGAGCAAGUCGAUAACUCUCUCGCGGAUCCCACAUCAGUGGAUUGGGGGGAAUCCGCAGCCCCGGUCACAGCUACUGAACAACCACUGAGCUACGGAGAGUCAAGCGCUGAUUAUUCAUCUGGAGCAUGGAAUCAGCAAGAAGAGGCCCAGGACAGCGGGGAUUGGAGCUCCGCCCAAUUGAGCGCCGGCUGUCGCUGUGUUGCGAUUUACACGUACGAGGCCGCGAACGAAGACGAGCUCUCUUUCGUCGAGAACGAAGAGCUCGAAUGCGUCCACGAGGGCGAUGGCGACGGGUGGAUUCGCGCACGUAACGCCCAAGGACAGGAGGGUUACAUCCCUGCGAACUACGUCCAACAAUCGGAAAACCAAGGUGGAGGUGAAUCAUUCAGCGCUGUCGCGUACGACGACGCUGCGACGCCAGUGCCACCCACUUCGUUGCCCGCGUCGCUGACACCUGCAACGCAUCAACAAAGUCAACAGCCGUACUGCCGAGCUCUCUACGACUAUGAGUCCACAUGUGAAGACGAGCUGAGCUUCUCCGAGGGAGACGUCAUCAGAAUCGUCAGCAAACUUGGAUCCGAUGGAGUUGAUGACGGCUGGUGGACGGGAGAAUUCAACGGCAGGACGGGAACUUUCCCGUCACUGGUUGUGGAGGAGAUGAAGCACACCGGGGAGCCCCAAACUCCGGUAACUCCGAUGGUCCAAACCCCCGAUGGGCUCCCCCCACCACCGAACUUCGAGCCUCCGAAGCCUGUCCAGACUCCGAGCGAGGAGACCGCCGAACCUCUCGGUUCCGUGGACGAAGACGCUGAAGAGGCCGGUCCCCCCUCUGGGCCUCCUCCAUUGCCCCCGCCCCCAGCCCCCGUGCCGACCAGCGCUGUAAAUAUUGUGAUCGACUCGCCGGACGAGCCGCCUCGAGAAUUCUUCGACAGCUUCGAUGAGGAAGAGCCGCAAACAACAAUCGAGAGGAAACCCGCGGUGGGAAAGAGAGAGGAACAGCAAGCGGCGGAGGCUAAGGAGCAUCAGAAAAAAGACGAGGACGAAAAAGAACAAGCCGAGGACGAGAAAGGCGACUAUGAAAAAGCAGCUGAGGGUGACGACUCGCCCACUGAAGUUGAAUCCUCUGCGCCGCCUGCAUUGCCGCCAAUGCCGCCUCCGCCACCUCCGAUAACUCUCGACGAAGCCGAAGACGCAGCCAAUGAAGACGCCGAUGAGGACGGAUCUUCGAGCCCGUCGCGUCCGAUGCCGCCGCCACCGCCGCCGGCACCGCUGAUCGACUCGCCACAAGAAGUGCCGAUGGAGACGGGGGAUGACGGGCAUGUGCCCCCCGAUUUACCUCCUCCGCCACCACCUCCCGCUCCCGACGUGGCCUCGCCCACCGAGGGGGAUGUUGAUCUCUGUUGA